UGUGGUCCCAAUUGAAUUUGUGAUGCAUGAUGAAGUGUGCGUGAGAGAGGGGAGCACACAGCAAGCGUGAAAUUAGAUUAGAAGACAGAGCUGCCUCUUAGACAGAGACUACAAUUUGGGGACAUGUGGGACAAAAUAUUAGUUUGUCAAGUCUGAACUCGGGAUCUCAGGAUUUAAGUCGUUAUAUAGUCUUCCAAGACAAAGAGGCCCAAUGAGAGAAUUGGUGAUACUGCAAGAAGAAGAAAUGAAAGACUUUGCACAGUCAGUAGAGGAAGGGGGCUCUCAGCGAAAAGGACCUCUUGUAACUCGAUCUUUCCGAAUAAGGAAUGAAAUUGUUCGAGUGGGACUUGCUGAAUGUCUUUGCUCAUAUGUAAUGAUGGUGUUUGGCCUCGGCUCUGUGGCGCAGGUCGUGACUGGACAAGGAGAUUUUGGACAUUACAUAAGCAUCAACCUAGGCUUUGGGCUAGGUGUUGCGAUAGGUGCUCAUGUUGGAGGAAAAGUUUCAGGCGCUCAUAUGAAUGCAGCGGUGUCCUUCGCCAUGUGUACGUUUGGCCGUCUCGCAUGGAAGAUGUUCCCCUUCUAUUUGUUUUCACAGCUACUGGGGUCCUUUUUGGCAGCAGGGACAGUUUAUGCGGUGUAUUAUGAAGCAAUACAUGACUAUUGUGGGGGAAAUCUGACUGCAACUGGUGAAAAGGCUACAGCUAGUAUAUUUGCCACCUAUCCUGCCCCAUACCUUUCCUUAUUUGGUGGAUUCAUUGACCAGCUAUUUGGUACAGCAAUCCUACUGCUGUGCCUGAUGGCUUUUUCUGACCAGAAAAACAAACCAGCUGCUGCAGGCAGUGAGCCUACACUCGUGGGUCUCUUGGUGCUACUCAUUGGCAUUUCUCUGGGCAGCAAUAGUGGCUACGCAAUCAACCCUACCAGAGACUUUGGACCGAGGCUCUUCACAGCCAUUGCAGGUUGGGGAACUGACGUCUUCAGGGCUGGAAAUGGUUGGUGGUGGGUACCCAUUGUUGCCCCUACGAUUGGAGGUGUACUUGGUGCAGGUCUCUACAUGGUUUUGAUAGAACUUCAUCACCCUCCACUCUCUGAAAAUUGUGCUGGUGCUGGGGUAACUAAAGAGUUAGAGAAGGAAACUGCAUCGCUGGAAAAACAAAACUUUGACACUGAUUUGUGUGUCUGAAAUGCCUUCACCAAAAAUGUGGAACAUGUCAAGCUGUCUGCAAAUGCAGUUUGAAGAUUCAAGGAUUGCUCUGAUAGGAGGGACCCCCCCCCCCAAAAAAACAAAACAAAAAACAAAAAAACAUCACAGUUCUGGGACUUGCAUGUACUCAUUUUGUAUACUCAGUUUCAAUAUGAAUCACUUUUUAAAGUGCUUAUUCUCACUGAAUGACAGAGGUCCCUCAUCCUGGUGGUACAGAAAUACUCUAUUAUAUGCAAAUCUUCAACAUCCUGUUUACAGACAGGAGUGAAAGGUGGGCCAAGGUAAUCACAUGAAGCCUAAAACACAUGUUUUUCAUGAAUGAAAUUUGCAGUGUUUCAUUGUUGAUGCAAAAGUAGCUGGACUACGGUAGCUUUGAAGUAUCUCAGUUUUACAAUAACCAUAUUACAAUCAACCUCUUUUGAGUUGUAUCCUUUUUGUUAUGUAGAGAAUUAGGUGCCAUUUUAUUAUUAAUUCAUGCAUAUGGGCAGAAAAGUGAUGUUUGAAUAACUUGAAAAACAAUUGAGUCUAAAGUUGAGUAACGACGUCUUACCACAUUUCAGCAGCCACACUCCCUAGGCAUUACACUUCAAUGUGAAUAACUGUGAAAUUUUAGAUUAUUCACUUUUUUUAUGGAUACAGUGGAUAUAUUAGCACCUGUAAUAUUGAACAACUGACACAUUUUACAGUAAAAGCACCUAUUAAUGUAUGUAUAAUAGGUUCGUGUUAUUUCUGGUUUAUCAUAAUUGAUACAUUUAAAAUUGAAAUAUUUACAAUAACAAAGUCAAGUUUUGUAAUUUUUCAGUAGCAUAUAUAGUAGGGUUGUUCCGAUCAUGUUUUUUUUUGCUCCCGAUCCGAUCGUUUUAGUUUGAGUAUCUGCCGAUCCCGAUAUUUCCCGAUCCGAUCGGAAUUGAAUCGGGAGCAAAAAAAAGCAAUCAUUCCCGAUAAUUUUUCCCGAUCAUAUACAUUUUGGCAAUGCAUUAAGAAAAAAAUGAAUAAAACUCGGACGAAUAUAUACAUUCAACAUACAGUACAUUCAAUAUACAGUACUGUAUUUGUUUAUAACGACAAUAAAUCCUCAAGAUGGCAUUUACAUUAUUAACAUUCUUUCUGUGAGAGGGAUCCACGGCUAGAAAGACUUGUGACUUUGUAUAUUGUGACUAAAUAUUGCCAUUUAGUGUAUUUGUUGAGCUUUCAGUAAAUGAUACUGUAGGCAUGCCCAAAUGUAUGAUGGGAAGUGGAACCAUGACUGUGCGUAGUGCUACCAAUUGAUAUAUCUUCUCUGCGUUGGGAAAUAACAUAAGGUGUUAAGAAAAAGAUUAUAAGAUGAUAUUUCUAAUCAUAGGGAGAGGGAUUGUAAGGCUCUUCCCAAUUAAAAAAGGCUCCAAAGGCUGCCGAAAUUCACUCUACUCAUUUUACGCUGCCUUUUAUCUCUCUAUAUAGGUAAAACGCUGCCAUUACAGAUUGAGCGCGCCAAUGCGUGAGUGGGUUGUGCAGCGCAUGCAUUAAUUGCGUCAAAUUUAUUACCGUGAUACAUUUAAAAAAAAAUUAAUUACUGCCGUUAUUGGGAUAAAUUUGAUAACCCUACCUUAAGCCUAAACUAAAGACUCUGGAUGAGUGUAACAUAUUAUGUAUAUAAUGUUAAAUACAAUUAGAAAAUGAUUUAAUUAAAACAUAUAUAUAUAUAUUAAAAAAAGGUAUGGGCGAUAUUUUUUUGCCGAUUCCGAUACUUUGAAAAUGACGUGAUCGAAUCGAUUGGGACAUCUCUAAUAUAUAGAUAUACAGUACAGGCCAAAGGUUUGGUGGACACGCCUUGUCAUUUGUGCGUUUUCUAUAUUUUCAUGACUAUUUUUCUCCCGAUUAGUCAGCAGACUUUUGUAACGAUUAGUCGACUAUUCUAAUAAUUUCUUUCAUUUUUUUCCCACUAACCUAGCAAUUACUUUUUUGUUGACGCUUAUUAAUUCACAAAAACAUUUUGGAACAGUUAAAUUCUUUAUUAAAGUACAAAUGAACACAUGAAAAACAAUAAUAAAUCACAAAUAAAUAACGAGGUCAAAUGCUGAUAGCAUUAACUAAUGCAAAAGAAUGGAAUGUAAACAGAUUCAGAACACUGUGACUUCACCUUUCCAACAUGAUUCAAAACAAUUCUUUAAUAGAACUACAUGUUAAAAAUAUGUAGCAUUAAUAUAGUAUACUACUAUAUGUGCGGAAAACACAGGUGACUUGAAGUUCCGCUCUGAGACCCUCAAUUUGGCCAAAUUUCAAAAUUGUCCUAUAUGCGUGUGUGAUACAUCAUUGGAAAGCUUAAAAUCUCAAUUUUCUGGGGGAAGAAAAUUUUUGAACAGGAGGGCAUUUAAAAACAACAAAAAACCAGCAAAACCCUAACUGGAGGUGAGAGCACGCGAGAGCAUAAUUAAAGACGCCAUGAUUUUUACGAGAUAUUAUCGUGUACUUACCUCUUUUCGAUCCAAAAACUCCAUGUUGCAUGUAUCACUAAGUGUUAAGACACAGCUGUGAAUGACCACAGCCAGAUUUUUGGGGGAUUUUAUGGGUGAAACAUAGUAAUAUAUAAAGGGUCACGAUGCAGAAAUCGCAUACAUUAGGGGUUGGUCGAGAUUUUUAUUUUCAUAUAUUUACCCUUUUAAACGUUUUUUUUUUUCCAGUUUGUCUUUGUUUGGAUCGAUUAUUUAUCAUCUAAAAUAUUGGGGAAAAUGCGACAGUAACGUAAAAAAUACAAUCAUGCGAUAUUAGGUAGAUAUCAAUGACUUUUUUUACAUACGCCAAUUUUUUCAUUGUGACGUAAUUUGUUUAAAAGUUUAAAAUAUGCGAGUGAAUAAUCUUUUUGAGUCGUUUUUUUUUAAUAAACUAAAUAUUAGACAUCAAUUAAUGAUUCUAAGCUAAAAAUGACAGACAUUUCAAAUAAUAAAUACGAUUACUUACCUUCUUUUUAUGGCUAGGCAUAAACAAAAGCGGUUGCGCGACGUCUGUAAACGGAGGUCUCCAGGGUAAAACGGACAAAUUAAAAAUAGUUCGGCGACUUAAUGCGCCAUGAAUCUGCUAUGGCAGCAUAUAGACACAUUAUUCUAUCAAACACAACACUUCUUUUAGCUUAAAAUACAGCAGUUUAUUUUAAAGAGGGGUGCAAGAGCAGGAACUGCUUUUUCAGUCUUGUCUGUGUUUUCUGCCAUAUACGUGAUACGUUAUAAAGUAAGAUUAGUGCAGUCAUGGACUAUGGAAAAACUGGCCUGCUUACUAUUUUUUUUUAAAUCACACAAGGUGGAUACAUCAUUCAAGAAAAGUUUAAGGCAAAAAAGUUGCCCGAGAGUUUAAGAUGAUGCUUGCCACGCUAAAUGCUAAUGCUAGCGAGAUCGCGAAUGCUAUGCUAACCGUCCAAGCCACCUAGCAUCGUGUUUGCAACGGCUUCACAACCCUCUUCCCUCCUGCUCUGCACCAAAUUGCAGUAAAGCACGCCUUUACAUCCUCAGUAAUGGUAAUGACGUUGCAAAGAUGGGAAAAGUAAUUAAAAGAUUACUCAGUACUGACAAAAAUAAUAACGUUAUACUCCAACGCCGUUAUGAACAACACUGGUUAUAUGGACUUAGGAUCUGCCAGCUUGUUGUCUCCUGUCGUCUUCCAAAAUUACAAUUGGGUGACGGCGCUUCAAGUGUUCAUUCACGGCCGACUUCCUGCCGUGGUAUGCAAUUGCAAGAUUGGCAUUGAAGAGACCGCACCCACAGUGUACCCUCCUUUGUUCCGUGGAAAUAAGUCCAUGCAUUGGCCACUCUAGUGCGCUGUUUUUACUUCAUGUCGCUUUCCCUGCUUGUGCUCCGCGAUUCUCAACUUUCCACACGUAUAUUUUGUUUAACCCUUUAUUCACCGAUGAAGGGAAUAGGUACCGUUCUCGCACACAACAUAUAAUUGUUUGCAUUAGUCUAACACAUUCAUUAUAGUAAAGCAUCUAUCUAUAGUUUAGGGAGACUUCACUCCAUGCCCUUGGACACAGUAAAGUGAAUCACCUUAUCAGCCCUGUCGGGGCUCAUGAGGGGGAAAUGAAAAAGAUGGUACCGUUUCUCGUAGGCAUCGUCUAACUGUUUGCAUUACUCUAACACACGUAAGACAAUCAAUCAGGGAAUAGUAUCAUCUCUCAUAUGUAAUGUAGGGUUGUUGGUACUACUCUAAAACACCUAAUAUAAAAUAAAUAGCACACCAUAGUUUAAUGAAAAGAAGUAGAACAGAUACACAACGCCAUCUUAUCACAGAAGCCCAACCUGUACGUCACGAGCAAGAUUAACGCACCAACUAUCAUCAGUUCUCCCGGCCACUCCAAGGACAAAGAGCAGGGCACUCUAUCCUAAAACAAGUAGCGUCUCAGCCAGCCAGGAGAACGAAGUUGAUAGCGGGUGCUUGGGACGUCAAGACCAGAGUCGGUCGCUGUGGCAACCACGUCCCAGCCACGAAGGAGGACGCACGAACCUAACCGCCCAAAACCGGCCACAGAGGUAUUAUCCCAAGACAACACCCAGCCACACCUUCGGCCCGGCCCACUCCACCACAGCUUUCAAAAAGACUGGACACUGAGAUAACAAACGGUUCGCUGCUUGGAAUCAUUGCUAUGUAGCCGUUAUUUUGACGACCCUGGAACCAGAAUUGUCCCUCCGUCGUCUGUUUUUGCCUUGUUUUUUGACCAUUGUCGACGAAUAAAUUGUCAACCUGUUUUCGGUGGGCAUUGAUUCCUUCACCAUCGACGGCAUGAUGUGCUCGUCGACGCAUUUACAUAUUCAAUCUGUACUGUCUCUACUAUUUACAUUGUAAAUUCUCACUGAAGGUGAUAAAACUGAAUGAACACGUGUGGAAUUAUGUACUAAGCAAAGAAAAGUGAAAUAACUAAAACCAGGUUUUAUACUCUAGUAUCUUUAAAGUAGCCACCCUUUGCUCUGAUUACAUUUUUGCGCACUCUUGGCAUUCUCUCGAUGAGCUUCAAGAGGUAGUCACCUGAAAUGGUCUUCAAUUCACAGGUAUGCCUUAUCAGGGUUAAUUAGUCGAAUUUCUUGCUUUUAUCAAUUCAUUUGUGUUGCUUUGUAUGAGGUGUGUCCAAAUGUUUGGCCUGUACUGUAUAUAUUGAGUUUCAGUGUUCACUUAAUUGCUUUUCAAAUGUAGGUGUCCAUGCACCUCUUAAAAUGAGACUGAGUGCGUUGACUCUUGUGACAAAGUUUUACAUCUCACAUUAAAUUGUUGAAUAUUGCCUGAAACAACUGGAUGAAGUGUCAUCCUCAAGUAGAUGUGUUUUAUCGUUUUGCCACGCCAGGUUUUCCACUGCUGUUUUGGCUUUUGGCAUUACUCGUUUGGCUGCAGGGAAUGGAUGGCUUCUUCUUAGGGGUGGCAACCUUGGCUUUGGCUUUAAAAGCCUUUGUGGGAUCCAACUUGUUUAGGAUAGAGUCUCCAGCAGAAUGAGUCAGGCUGAGCUCACUUCUGAAGGUCAGGGGCUGGUACAGUGAUGCCCAUUGCUGUAGAGGGAUAAUGUAUUUAGAGUUAUCCCAAAACAAUGCAUAAUUAUUUUAAAAGGACAACAGCAACAUUUUUUUGAUAUUUGAACACAAAUUAUUUUUAUGAGUGUGUGUUAAUUACUUUGAAUGUUGUGCCUUACUUGAAUUUUAAUACACAAACACUGCAUUUA